CUUCCCACUCAAAAUAAAAAAAGGCGUCUAUUUACAUACUAAAUCUUAUCAAACGGGAAGCCACUCAGCCCGGCUCGGCUAGCUAAUUCAUCGUGCAAUAAAAGAGACUUGGACUGGCAUAUACAUAUGUAUGUAGGUACAUUUUAGGGCCCCCGAGGAGAGAUGGGGGACCAAUGUCAUAGCGUUGACAUUGAAAGUUAACUGCCGGCAAAGGCAGUCAGUCGGCUUUCGAAUUUCCGUGCGCGCGCAACCAGCAUCCAUCCAAGCAUAUAGUAUAUCCAUUCAUUCCAUAUAUCCAUGUCGCCGCCUCGUCACAUCCUCAAGCUAAGCCUGGCGGAGCAGCGCCAGUUCAUCGAUUCCUUCGACCUGGUCAUUAGCGAUUGCGAUGGCGUCGUUUGGAUGCUCGUUGGCUGGAUUCCCGGCACCGGUCCGGCCGUUAAUGCCCUGAAAGCGGCCGGCAAGCAAAUCAAAUUCGUGUCCAACAAUAGUUUCCGCUCGGAGGAGGGUUACAUGGAGAAGUUCCAGCAUAUUGGCGCUCAGAAUGUGCACGAGGACGACAUUGUGCAUCCGGUGAAGACGAUUGUGAGGUACCUGAAGAAGCAUAAGCCAGGGGAACGGGUUUUCUCCCUCAUGUCCUUGGAGGCCAAUGAGACGUUGCGUAAGCACAACAUUGAGUACGAGUCGCUGAACAUCAAGGAGCACCUGACAGCCGCCUCGCUGGUCGAACAUCUAGCCAUUGAGAAGCCCGUUGGAGCCGUUCUCUUUGACAUUCACUUGGACUUGUCCUAUGUGGAGCUGGCCAAGGCUAUUAGGCAUUUGCAGGAGAACGAGAAUUGCCAGUUGAUAGCCGGUGGUAGUGAUGUUAUUAUGCCCUUGGCAGAAAAUCUUAAUGUGGCUGGAUUCUUUGACUUUUUGGAGCAUGUCAAGCGUUACACUCAACGAGAGGCAACCUUUUUAGGCAAACCUUCUCCAAUUUUAGGUGAUAUGUUUGGCGAAAUGUUUGAUAUCCCAGACCCCAAGCGGUGCAUCUUCAUUGGUGACACCCUGGUGCAGGAUGUGCAGUUUGGUAAGGCCUGUGGCUACCAAUCCCUGCUGGUGCUCAGCGGUUGCCUCACAAAGGAGGAUAUGCUGAAUGCACCAGUGGAAGCGCAACCGGAUUAUUAUGCCGAUAGCUUGGCGGACUUUACGCAGCUCCUUCAGAAUAUAAAUCAAUAGAGUUUUAGAUGCCCACCGGUUUAUGGUUUUCACAAUACUUUCUAAAAGAGAAAACCUACAAAUAAUAAUAACCUUUAAAGAAAUACCUGAAAUAGCAAUAAAUACUACAAAAUUGUUCCUAA